UCUGCAGCUGUUUUGAAGAGAGAGAGGGAACGGAGAAAGCGGGUGAGGGAGGAGAGAGGGAACGGAGAAAGCGGGUGAGGGAGGAGAGAGGGAAAAAGACAGCCAACUCAUCUGACACUGACAGUGGGCCAAAGAAAGGGAAGAAGAGGGAGCAAAAUCACGGUAAAAUAAGUGAAAGAGAGAGGAGAGAACUACGGAAAAAACUGAGCAGGCUAAGGGGAGAGACAGAAGGGGAGAGAACUAGGGAAAAAACUGAGCAGGCUAAGGGGAGAGACAGAAGGGGAGAGAACUAGGGAAAAAACUGAGCAGGCUAAGGGGAGAGAGAAGGGGAGAGACAGAAGGGGAGAGAACUAGGGAAAAAACAGAGCAGGCUAAGGGGAGAGACAGAAGGGGAGAGAGAGAGGAGGGUGGUGAGAAACUUAACCCAGAAAAGAAGAGCAAGUGAAAACAGUGAGGCCACCAGCAGCAGUGAACGAGUGAGAGUGGACAGGAUGUCGACUCUCCCUCCUGAGGUUGCCACUGAAGAUGCCACCAAACAGAGCUUCUGGAUGCCUGGGAACUACCAGCGCACGGUGAAGCGCACAGAGGAUGCCUUCCAGGCGUGUAAUGACAUCGUGGUGUGCUUCCAGGAGAGAGCCCGUGUGGAGAGGCAGUACGCUCAGCAGCUCAGCGAGUGGAGCAACAAGUGGAAGCCCCUGGUGGACUCCAGCCCGCUAUAUGGAUCCCUCCUGCAGGCGUGGCAGUGUUUCCUCUCCUCCGCCGACCGUCUCGCCGCCCUGCACUCGUCCGUGUGUCGCUCCCUGGUUUCGGAGGACGGGGACCGGGUCAGGACCUGGCAGAAAGAGACCUUCCAUAAGAAGCUCUUUGGAGGCUUCAAGGAGUCCCAGGACUUUGGGACUGGCUUCGCACGUGCUCAGAAGCCCUGGGCCAAACGGCUGAAGAAGCUGGACAAAGCCAGGAGUGCGUUCCAUAAAGUGCAGCGUAAGGAGCAGACUGCCACGGACCGAGAGGUACACGCCAAGGGCAACCCUGACGUGGCCAUCGAGAAACAGAGGAAGAUUCAGGAGGAAAGAGAGCUGGCUCAGCAGGAGACGGAGAAAGUGCGAGCCCGCUAUGAGAAGGUUCUGGAGGAGGUGACCCGCUAUGCCCCUCGCUACAUGGAGGAGAUGGAGUGUAUUUUUGACCAAUCACAGGAGGAGGAGAGGAAGAGGAUCAGCUUCCUCAAACAGGCCUUCCUGUCCGUCCACAGACACCUGGACGUCACCAACAACGAGAGUGUGAAGGCUGUGUAUAAUGAGCUCCACAACACUCUCAUGGCCAUCAGUGAGCAGGACGACCUGCGCUGGUGGAAGAACACCCACGGACCGGGCAUGCCCACCGACUGGCCUCAGUUCCAGGAGUGGACGCCAGAGAAGAAAAGCAAAAAAGGGAAGAAAGAGAAAGAGGUAGAGUCACAGCAAGGCACCAUAGAGAGGAGUGUAAUGAUCGGAGGAGUUAAGGUCAGGGCUCUCUAUGACUAUGACGGACAGGAGACAGAUGAGCUCUCCUUUAAAGCAGGUGAGGAGUUUCUGAAGACUGAGGAUGAGGAUGACCAGGGCUGGUGUAGAGGGAUGAAGGAUGGAGGGAGAGAGGGACUCUACCCAGCCAACUAUGUAGAGACGGUGUAGUUACACCACUAUGUUUGUAAAACGAAAGUGACUCAUUUUGAUAAGAAACAUUGUGUCUGAAAUGAUCCUCAGCCGAUGUGUACUGUGUAUUGUUCCUUAAUGAAUCCAGGCUGCACCACAUCCGGCUGUGAUUGGGAGUCCCACAGGGCGGCGCACAAUUGGCCCAGCGUCGUCCGGGUUAGGGUUUGGUCGGGGUAGGCCGUCAUUGUAAAUAAGAAUUUGUUCUUAACUGACUUGCCUAGUUAAAUAAAGGUAAAACAUUUUUUAUGAAUAUAUAAAUAAUAACAAAUGAAAAAAGUGCCCAUACUAUCUGCAGGAAAGCUUUCAUCCAAAGAGAAUACACUAUGGGGAUAUGAUAGCUCUGAAUGAACUUUUGGCAUACAUACAUGGCAUCAAAUAUCCUGGGUUUUUUUCUUCUUUCAAAUAUGUUGGAAAAUGUUUAAUAUAUUUACCUGAGACAUCUAUAUGAAAGCUAUAUGAUGUAUGAUGCCUUUUUUGUACAAUGUGAGAGAUGCGAUGCUGAUUCUAUAGGUACUGUACAUGUCACCACUUGAUGCUGAAGCCAUACUGUAUGGUUGCUGUUCUUAUAGAGAUAAACUCUCCUGUUCGCUUUAGUGAAACAUAUAUUUAUGUAGAAAUAAGUGCUUAGACAGGUUUUAAUCAGUGAUUAUUAUCAUGAGCAGAGUGAAACUUUGACAAUGAGCACAAUUCAUCAAUACCUGUAGCCUGAUCAGUAAUAGUAUGAGCAGUAAUGUCUCCUGUACCCUGUGUGUGUUAUAAGAGUACGAUGUGACAGGAUUGGGAUCUCCUUUCAGAGGGACUGUAAUAGAUCUCCUCUCAUCGCCUUCUUGAUGGCAACUCCCCUUAAUAGAACCUUUGCCAAAGUGAAGGAUAGGAUGCCAUUUCUGGGCCUGUCCACGUUCUGGUUUUUCUUUUCGUUUUUCCUUUUCGUUUCUUUUCGUUUUUUUCUUUUCUAAAUGCGUGUAUAUGUGAGUGUGUACUAUACAUGCAUGUGUGUGUAUAUGUGAGUGUGUACUAUACAUGCAUGUGUGUGUAUAUGUGAGUGUGUACUAUACAUGCAUGUGUGUGUAUAUGUGAAUGUGCACUAUACAUGCAUGUGUGUGUAUAUGUGAGUGUGUACUAUCCAUGCAUGUGUGUGUAUGUGAGUGUGUACUAUACAUGCAUGUGUGUGAAAGGUAAGCCUCGGCCCUCAUUGUCUCUUGUAGCAGUAUAUUUGAGCCUUUCAUACUGUAAGUGCCUUUCUAAAGAAUAAAAUGAAACUAAACUAAUGUUGAUAACUUUUGUUGCCGUGUUCUUGGGACAGGAGAUGACGAGUGAGAACACAUUUAAUGAUUGUGUUUGUGUUGUUCUACAGUACAUACAGUAUCUACAGCGUUUAUUUACACAUACUCUGAAGAGAACGGCUAAAUGUACAGUAUAUGUGUGUGAUAUAUGUGUGUGUGUGUUUGAGUGUAUGCGCGUGCGUAUACAAGUGCUUGCAGCCGUGUGUGUGUGUGUGUGUGUGUAUAUGUGUGUGAAUACCAUCGGCCUGGGUGUUGGAACAGGGCUCUGGAGCAUGUUUAUGGUGCCACAUCAGUGGAGUUGUCAGUCUGAGUGACAGUCAGACACAGACAUCUCUGGCUCCCAAUUGUGUAUCACAGACUGUGUCAGAGAGUCGAGCAGAGUGGAGUAGAGCAGAGUGCAGUAGAGCAGGGCAUCCUGGACCUAGUUCAGGUCAUCUGCCUGUGAUGUCACCUCUCUCAGCCAGAUGGGAAGUGACAUCACCAUGUGGUCAGAAUUCAAUCACACCACCCAUGGCUCUGGAUGUUGAUGAUUCUCUAUUCAAAGGACUGCACAUAGAGGCACAGCAGGGAAACAAACAGAUGGUAUCAUUGUAAUGUGAUAUGGAAUUCAACAGAAAUAAAGGUUAUGUAUUAUAGGUUAAACAUAAAUGGAAUGUCUACUGUAUAUCUAGAACAAUGCCAUGAUUUGUAUGCCACGUAGUUUAACGUCUGUUGAUUGGUCAAAAUGAUAUGGGGUGUAUGGGGUCAUGUGAGUAGGAAGGAUGGGUCAAAAUGGCCGGGGGUGGUGUGAGGAAACAAUUAAUUAAAUGUUUGUUUAAAACUUUGAAAGUAAAAUAGUUGAGUAAUUGUGCUGUAAAAACCUGUUCCUUUGAAUUAUCUUCCUGGGAAAAUGUAAUCACUGGUCUACUCUCAUCACCAAGGACUUCCUUUCAUCCCCAAGGACUUCCUUUCAUCACCAAGGACUUUCUAUCAUUACCAAGGACUUCCUUUCAUUACCAAGGACUUCCUUUCAUUACCAAGGACUUCCUUUCAUUACCAAGGACUUCCUUUCAUUACCAAGGACUUCCUUUCACCCCAAAGGACUUCCUUUCACCCCCAAGGACUUUCUAUCAUCACCAAGGACUUUCUAUCAUCACCAAGGACUUCCUUUCAUUACCAAGGACUUCAUUUCACCCCAAAGGACUUCAUUUCACCCCAAAGGACUUCCUUUCACCCCCAAGGACUUUCUAUCAUCACCAAGGACUUUCUAUCAUCACCAAGGACUUCCUGAUUGUGUUGAUUGACUCUCCUGCAUUUUCUGUUGGAUUUUAAUUUAGAUUUUUGUGAAAUUACUCUCAUUUUGGUUUGUGACCUUUGAACUCUGGACUACUGAAUUGACAGGUGGCUCGAUAUAGUAGAUAGAUAGUUGGCCCUCUCCACACUCCCUCACUGUUUCAUUGUGAAGGCAAGCAAACAUGCAUUAUUAGCUUGUGUGUCGUGAUGGUUUAGACUUGCACAAAUACAGUGUGAUAGAAACACAACCUAAUGAUGCCACUCUAAGGGGGGAAAGACGCUUAAAGGGAUAGUUCAUCCAAAUGACAAAUUCACCUCAUCUUACCUCAUCUUAAGGGUGCAUAGUCGUCCAUGGAACCGUAGAGUCAGCUACCCCAAGGUUACCUUCACCUUGUAGGGAUUCAGUUUCUAAGUUCCUGGUAGUCUGACACCCUUGCUAUCCAAUAAGCUUACCUCUGAGUCUUCAUUUGGCCAAUCAGAGCACAGCUUAUUAUCAGCUUGGGUGCACCUCCCUCCUAUUCCACAGAGAUAGAAUUCAGCAAUUUAUAUUCAUUAAGAGAGCUAAUUUUAUACAGUAAGAGCAAUGCCAACACAUAACAAUUAACACUCACUUGUUUGUCAUGGCAAUUAUGAUUGGAAACAGCUAAUUUACAUGCUAAUGGUCCCCUGACAUCCAUUGAAAUUGACGCCAGUGAGCUCUCAAAGACAAACCGGUCAAUAGUGUCACCCAUUUAUCUUAGUCAGGUCAACAUGUGGCCAACCACUCUCAGUACAUAGUCUCUGCCCUCUGUAUUUACUAUGAAACUGCCAUACAUCACAUCUCCUGCCACUCACAGCAGUCACCACGAAGACAGUCAAUGGAGAGAGUCAGUUUACAGUGGCUUUACCUCCGGUGUCAUAUGAUUAUAUAAUUUUGCUUAGAAGAGUGAUUUGAUCCGAUCCCUAAAGAUCUCUUCUGUUUGUGUGGAUCCUCCUUCUCUCCGUCUCUCCGUUUCUCUCUCUGUGUCUGGUUCAAAUGAAAUUCAACUACACUUAAUAUCCUGCACACACCAAGGUAGAAAGAUGCACAUGCACACAUGCAGACUCAUCUGCAGUUCACCAGGCAGCCAACAGAGGGGGCUAAAGGAUCAGAUUGACAGCAUACAGCAGGCCUGUCUCAAGGAGAAAUAUGCUCACUGGUGUAGCAGCAUAUUGGGAAAAUGUCUUUAUUCCCUCAUGUUUCAUGUUGUGACAAGCAGAACUUUGGGUUGCCAUGGAGAGAGCUGCUGGGAGAAAAAAAACAUAAUUAAAAGCCCUGGAACUGG